AUGAGGUCCAUCAGAUGCUUCCUCACAUGCAUACUUGUCCUUAAUACGCUUCGGGUUGUCACCUGUGGAGCUGAAGCUCAGGAGCAGGAGAAGGCAGCGCCGGAACGACACCUGAACAGGCGGCAUGCAUCUGAUCAUCAGAGCCAUAGCAGGCCCUCGAGCCGACUGCUUCGUCGGCAUGCUGUUGACAGCAAGGGUGUUGUGGAAAAGAGUGACGACUAUGGUGAUUCAGAUGACCAGUACGAGGAAAGGCCUUCACACAAGCAUCAUCGACAGCAUCAUAGAAAACGAGGCGCUGCUGUGGAUGACACUGGCCAUGUCCAUAGCGGUGACCACGGCCGUGGCUACAUAGAGUCCAAGGACAGGGGUCAUGCACGAGGCAUUUCUGCCCGAAGGCUUUCGAUGCAUUCGAUCAGGCAAUCAGAUGCGACGGAGGACGUUGGCCCGACCGGCAACGCCACAGCAGAGGAGGACGAGGACGAGGAGGAAGAAACAGACUCUGACGAGGAAGAGGCCGAAGACGACGGAGCAGUGCAGGACUGUGAGUACAAUGAUUGGGGAAAAUGGACCCAGUGCAGCGAAACCUGUGGCGGUGGGUCACGAAAGAGGACUCGAACCGUCAAGACGAAGGCACAGAACGGUGGGAAGGCCUGCGAAGCCGCGGAGAAGAAACAGACAGAGGAAUGCAACACCAAAGAGUGCCCCGUGGAUUGCGUCAUUAGCGACUGGCAGGACUGGGGCCACUGUGCGCCGAAUUGCCAGGGCCAUCGCAAGCGGAACCGGAUGAUCAUCCAGACUGCAUCACACGGUGGCCAGGCUUGUGGUGACACGAAGGAGGAAGAGUCCUGCGAUGGCGUUUGCACUGACUGCGAGUACGAGGACUGGUCCUCUUGGGUGGAGUGUUCCGUGACCUGUGGCGGGGGCAACCAGAACCGGACGCGGGACGUCGCAGUGCCACCAACCAACGGCGGCAAGGCAUGCGUCGGGAACAAAACAGAGACGCGAGUUUGUGGAAAUGGAGCCUGCCCUGUCGACUGCGAGCUCAAUGACUGGUCGAACUGGACAGCCUGCGAACCAUACUGUGCAGGCAACAUGUCGCGGCAUCGCACGGUGAAGACCUUGCCGCUGAACGGCGGUGUAGCCUGCGGUACAUUGAAUGAGACCCAGAAAUGCACCAACUUCUGUAUGGAUUGCAGCUGGUCGGAUUGGACUGCGUGGACGAACUGCACAGUGUCUUGCGGCGGCGGAACAAUGAACAGGAGCAGGGACCAGACCUUCGUGGCCACAGGUGGAGGAGGUGCAGCACUUCUUCAGCUCUCCGGCUCCCAGGUCUUCGGCUUCGAGAUGAAGGCGUCGAAGAGGUGCGACGCUGGUCACCAGGCCAGUGACGCCUUACCACUCGCGGAGGCCCAGGAGAAGUGCAAGGUUUCGGCUGAUUGCCAGGGCCUUUCCGACCUUGGCUGCGACGGGAAGCAGGUGGUGCUUUGCACCUCGGGCUCUGUGCUGGAGGAGGACGUCUCCGCAUGCGCUUACAACAAGAAGGAGAUCGGAGGAGGCAAGCCUUGCACUGGCGACGGAAUCGAAAAGAAGAACUGCAGCACUGAUCCCUGUCCGGUCGACUGUGGCUACAGCGAUUGGGCUGAGUGGUCCGCCUGCGAGCCCUAUUGCUCUGGGAACAAGACGCGGAGUCGCAGCAUCGUAGCCGAAGCAGCUCAUGGUGGCGUCGCGUGUGCAAAAGAGGAGCUGAAGGAGCAAAAGGCCUGUGCGAACUUCUGCAUGGACUGCCAAGUUUCGGAUUGGACGGAAUGGGACGCCUGCAGCGUCACUUGUGGCGGUGGGCGCACCAAUCGGACGCGGACGGAGACGUAUGUGAACCGGCCGAAUCUGACAGCCGCGAGUCUGCUGGAGGUCGGAGCUGCCUCGGCGGCCUUCGGCUACGAGAAGCGGUUGGGCGUCAGGUGCACGGACGAAAGCCUGGGGCCAAAGAAGAAGGAGUUUCUGCCGGCCAGGGCUGAGAGGAAAUGCAGCAACGAUCCAACCUGCUAUGCACUCUACGACAGAGACUGCGAUGGUGGCCUCAGGUUUUGCGGAGCCGAUUUCGAGCUCGUGCCGGAAGAGGGGUCCUGUGUCUACGUGAAGAAGGAGAUCGGUGAAGGGGUGCCCUGUGACGGCAAGAUCUUGGAGGGCAGCAAGUGCAACAUCCAGAAAUGCCCCAUCGACUGCAAGUACAAAGACUGGUCUGACUGGGGAUCUUGCAAUCCGCUCUGCGAGGGAACCCGAAACAGGUCUCGAGAGGUGAAGAAGUAUGCUGCUUUUGGGGGCCAGCCCUGCGACAACAAGACUCAAUCUGAGGAGUGCACCAACGUCUGUGUGGACUGCGAAUGGUCUGAUUGGACGGCAUGGACGAACUGCUCUGCAACUUGCGGCGGCGGCAUGCAGGAACGAGGCAGGGGAAUCGCCGUGGAGGUUGAAGGCUAUGGGAAAAACUGCACCGGGGACGCAGAGGAGAAGCAAAAAUGCAACACACAGGACUGUCCGGUCGACUGCGAGACGAGUGACUGGAGUAGCUGGAGCUCCUGCGAGCCCUUCUGCAAAGGCAUGCAGAACCAGACACGAACCAUCACACUGGAGGCGGCAAAUGGCGGCAUGCCAUGUGGUCCACUCUUCCACUCCCGUGCGUGCAACAACACAUGCCUGGACUGCGUGUGGGCAAAUUGGACAGAGUGGGGUCAGUGCUCCGCUUCCUGUGGCGGUGGAGUCCAGUCCCGCAACCGCUACAUUUCGCGCCCAAAGGUGGGCGAGGCGGAGGAUUGCGAAGGACCCUUCAACGAGACCCAAGCCUGCAACGAGCAGAGCUGUCCGAUUGAUUGUGUCCUUGCCGACUGGAGCGGAUGGUCGGACUGCGAUCCCUACUGCCGCUCCGCCGCAGACGGGGUUCCAAGAGCAGAUGCUGCCUCGGUGAUCUUGCCCAUGCAGUGCGCUGGCACUAUGAGGCAUCGGGACGCAGAACAGGAAUCGCAUCGUGGUCACUGCCCCCGAGUUUGGAGGGGUUCCGUGCGGGAACCUCUCUGA